CUUUUUCAUGCGUCGAAAUUCUUCUCCCUCGAUAGGUUAGAAUGGAGGAAGAGCCGGAUGUCAAUACUGAUGCAAAAUUCCCUGAAACUCUCGACGAGUCGCAGGUCGACAGGGGCCCGAUAACGACCACAACAAAAAAUGCCUUGAUUUCCAAACACCUGAGCCCAUGCGAUAGCUACCCCCAUAGGCUGAAGGUGUCUGUCGUCGGGACUGGAAAGGUUGGCAUGGCCUGUGCGAUCGCUAUCCUCAUGCAAAGAAUGGCGAGCGAAGUCUGCCUGAUCGACAAGAAUGCGGCACGAGCGGAGGCCGAGGCCGAGGACAUCCGGCAUGCUGGCAUUUUCCUAGGGAAUCCAUUGGUCACCGGUACAGCGGAUAUAACUAUGGUGAAGGAAUCAGCAGUGGUGAUAAUAGCAAUUGGCGAGCCGAGUCCCCAGGAGAAACCGAAUAUUCGACAUAAUGUGGAGAUCUUCAAGAAGAUUGUACCGGCUAUUGCCAAGUUUGCCUGUCGUGCUGUGCUCCUGGUUGUCACUCAGCCCGUUGAUGUCAUGUCCUACAUCACUUGGAAGCUGUCAAAAUUUCCGUCCAACCGAGUCCUCGGAACUGGCACAUCUGUGGAUACCGUGAGAUUCCAGUACUAUCUUGGACAGAGGCUUGGAGUUGCCAACACAUCCAUCAGCUGCAUGAGCAUUGGGGCACAAGGGGAGACUUCAGUUCCAGUUUGGUCAAGUGUUCACGUAGCCGGCAUGAAACUGCGCGAUAUAAAUCCACGAAUGGGUGAAACAAGUGAUCCAGAGCGUUGGUACGAGGUAACGAAUGCAAUGAACGAGACAGAAUCGAAGUUGAAUAGUGAAAAGGGUGAGAACGGGCCGAGCUCCUGGUGCCUCGGUAUAUGCACAUCCCAGAUUGUCGACGCCAUCCUGAGAAAUACGAAGGUCGUAAUCCCAGUUUCUACGUACAUCCACAGUUGCAUCCAUGGCACCGACAAGGACGUCUACAUGUCUGUACCAUGUGUUCUUGGAAGAGAAGGCGUUCAUCACACUGUUAGACAGAAAUUAACUGACCAGGAGAAGUCAUGUGUUCAGGCAUGCGCUGAUGCUAUUCGAAAUACACUGCGUGAUUGUGGCAUACUCCAGGAGUCACGCGAUGAUGAUGAAUCGAGCUGAUGCCUUCGUCAAUAUUCCACCAACAUAUUCUUAUGAAUUCAUUUAUUUCAGAAUUUCAGUCUGAGGAGAAGUGCUCAACGGACAGGAUGAAAUUAUGCAAAAUAUUGUAUACAAAUUGCUUGAUGAAUAUCUCAGAAUACAGAGGUUCAGCCAAAAGAUCCCGGAAGACCCUUUACGAAUGUCCUAGACUCUCUUAACCCGACACUAAUGGACUGUUACGCGAUCCUCUUCGUGACAUGAGACAUUUAUAUAAUUUUUAUACAAUUUUUCUCCCCGAAUUUUCUUCUUCAGUCGUCGGUACGAAAUAAGAAAUAAUCUGCUAAAUAAUUUGACAUUAUUUCAUUCACCUGAUUCAGCACCGAAUACAGUUUUUCCUCAAUUGAAUUCUUCCCUAUUUUUACCCACCUUCUUCUUCUUUCUUAUUCCCAAGAAAUUGCAUAAUGGAUAGUCGACUAUUCAUGAAAAAGGCAAAAUGAAGAAACACAAUCGAAAACAAUUCAAUUCCAACGGAAAAUAAAUCAAAUUAGUGAAUAGUGAAUGGGAAACUAGCGGGUACCACUGGGGUAAGUUGGUUAAGUCUAUCGGAAAUGAGAAUCUUAGUAUCCAUACGUAUGCAUGCCUGUAGUCCUUUACCAAUGGUAAAAGAGGAAUGAGGAAUAAAAGAGGAGAUCGGGACACGCACCUGCGCGAUAGAGCAUCUGGCGAUCGAUCAAGUGAGGCUAUAGAACCGUUUCUUAUUCCCACUGGAUAAAAAUUGGUGAAAAAAAAAAUUAAAUGGGUAUGAUGAUGAUAAUAGCAACAAAAAAUGAAAUAAAUUGAAACUUGGGAUCGAUUGCAAACUCCAACGGAAAUGAAAAAUUCCG